AUGUACGCCAAGACUCAGCGGCUGAUCUUCCGCUGCCGCACGCUCCGCCGCCUGCGCCUGACGAGCUGGACGCUGGACCUGCCGGGGAGCGUGGACAUGGCGUCGCUGGACACGCUCUGCCUCGGGAGGAUCGUCGACGGAGGCGGGAUGCUGCAGCGGCUGCUCUCGAGCUGCCCGCGCCUUGCCAGCCUGACGCUGGAGGAGUGCCAGAGCAUCAAGGAGAUCACGGUGGCCAGCCCCUACCUGCGCAGCUUCGCCAUGAUCUGCUGCCACAAUGCCACGGGCGUCGAGCUGCACACCACCUGCCUGAACUCGCUGCACUACAGAGGCGGCCUCCCUCCUCGCGGGCCGUCCUUUAUCACGGUCCCAAACUUCUUGGCAGUCGCGGCGCUGAGGAUUGGAAUCUGCGAAGACCUUUCCAGCAAAGGACCGUCGGAAGUCGCUCCAGUGACGACGCUCAUCAGCAGGUGCAGACGCCUGAGAUAUCUUGAACUUUCCUUGCACCCAUCAAUGGCCUACUACAGCAGCCUGCUCACAAGCGUCUUGCGCGGACUAGACAACCUCACAGAGCUGAGCCUCCAGGGCAGAUUGCCCACUGAUCAUGCUGUCCGGUCUGUCGCCGCCUUGCUUCUCAACGCCAAGAACCUGCAAGUGCUGUCGCUGUUCCUUCUGGGUCCAUAUGAUCGGAUGGCAUACGAUUUGUCUGAUGCUGAAUCAGAGACUGAUCUGUCGGACACCAAUUCAGAUGGCGAAUAUGGUACCUACCCAGAUGGCGAAAUAGAUGCCGUUCCAGAUGGCAAAACAGAUACCGAUCAAGAUGCUGAUCCAAAUGCUGAAACAGAGACCGAGUCAGGUGGCGAAUCAGAGAUCGAGCCAGAUAACGAGGCAGAUGGUGAACCAGAGACUGAGCCAGAUGGCGAACAAGAUAUGGAGCCCAAGGACAAUGCCAUCAACAAUGGCGUCAAGGAUAGUACCGGGAUACCCCCCAGUCUGUGGCAUAUGGACGUCAGGUGCUUGGAUCGCAGUCUGAGAAGAAUCAAUAUUGCCAACUACAGAGGACUGCCUCUCGAAAAGAUGCUUGCGAAGUUUCUGCUUUCCAAGGCUGCAGUGUUGGAGGAAUUCUCAGUUACGUUAGCAGCUUGGCUUGAACCACGGGAGGAUAAUAAACUAGCAAAGGAGCUAACAUCCUGGCUAUGUGUAGGCCGUACCAGAGUAACUUGUAUCUAUUCAAAGAAAAAAAAAAGGAGUAACUUUUAA